AUGGAUGAUUGCAAUGCGCCUUACGAGCUGGUGUGGUGUGAGAAUCUCCGCCUUGGACUUUCCGCUAUCGAAUGGGAGGUUCCAGCUCGGGCUUCACGGGGAAAUACCUCCACCUCACCGAGCCUCAUCCGGGGGGAUGAAACAAGCUGUGCAGAUGAUUGGGAACCUGGCAACCUCGAGUCGAAAGAGAUUCAAGUCGAGAUGGACGACGUGCCACUCAAGGGUGCCAUUGGCGCACACCCCUGCCCGGGAGAACAGGCUACCCUGCGCAAGACUCAGCCACGAGACCUGGGUGCCUAA